CAUGAACAAUAAUGUUUACUUAUGGACAGCCUGUGAAAAUGCUGUUAAGAAUUCCUACAAAUCAAUUACCAGUAGUGCGACUACUCUCCAGGGGAAACAUCUGUCACAGGAGAGUUCAGAGACAAUGUGUUUUGUCAGUAAGAAGACUUGUUACCCACUCUGAUCAUGAACAAUACUAUACCUUACCAGUCUCAUUCCAAACACGAACCCCUGGGGAGAGGAUGACAAUAGAUGUCGGUGUUAGGGAUGUACACCCAGUCAACAUGACACCUAGCACUCCACUGGUUGUCACCGCACAUGGAGUACCUGGAUCCUCCCAAGACUUUGACGCCAUAGGAAGACAGCUAGCAGGACAUGGCGUCAGAGUUGUGGGACUUGACUUUCCAGGGUUUGGAAAAAGCAGACUUUUAGGACAGGAUGUAUACCGCCUUGAUCACAGCACAGAAGGGAAAAGUCAUAUGCUGAUCACCAUACUGGACGCUUUAGCCAUCUCCAGGGUUGAUGUGUUAAUUGGCCACAGUGCAGGGACCUGGCUGAACUACAAGGCAGCGGCUGACCUUCACCUUGUCAAAUCCUCAGUCCUUCUAAACCCACUUGGUAAAAGACAUCACCGUACUCUCCGUCCAUUUAUUCUUGUUAAACUGUUAGGAGGACUAAUGAGAAAUCCAGUUUUCCAUUCAAUAUUAUACAAAUGUCUUCCAUUCAUUUAUAAAGUCUUAGGUUUUGUGUUGGAGGAGGAUACAUUUCCAUCACUGCCUAUAGCUGUAGAGAGUGUGAGAUAUUCAAAUUUUGACAAGAUGCAGGCCUAUGCUGAGACUGCUGCAGCUAAAAAACAUCCAUUUGUGAUGGCCAUUACUCGAAAUGACAAGAUUGGAGAGUGGAAUUUCGCUGUGGAAAUGGCACAGCAUCUGGAAAUAGAGGAAGGGGAGAUAACUGAGUUUAGUAACAACAACAUGACAGUUGGGGAUAAUGUAGGGAAAUACGAUGACAGCUGCUACAGACGAGUCCUCUUAUUUGAGAGGGGUGGCCAUUUAGUACACAGAGCUCACGAGAAAGAAGUCGUCAAACACAUACUCCAGCUUUUGAAAGUUGUCAGCAGCCAUGAUUCCUGACAGGAUCUACCACACUUUAUAUAUAUAGCUAGCUACAGGGUGGAGCUUGUAGAUAAUAUCACUACUUAAUGUGCCAUACUAUUCUAAGGUCUGUUUUAAGGAUGAAAUAAUGAAAUUGUUUGAAGUUUUCUGUACCAAAAAUACCACACCGAUGUCAUUAAAAUUGAUACCGAUGUACGUUCUGUCUAUUGCCUGAAGUUCAGUAUUAAGGUAUGGUGGGAAGGAUUCCUUAAACCCUUAUCAGUAUGUGACUUGACCAAGUUAAACCCUUGUCAGUGUGUGACUCAUUUGAAGAUGUCCUUAAUUUACACAUGAACUCAUUCAUUCUUCAGCCUAAUUAGUCCAUAAACUCCAAAACUUCAUAAAAUCUUAAAAAUCAGCAUUUCAAGAUGCAAUCGUUUAUUACUGAAAUUCAAUUAAAAUUACUCAUAUCACACAUAUAGGAUCUUAUAUGAGUUUCCAUUUGAUAUGAGAUUUAUGAAAGAAGUCUAAGAAUUUUUUAAGGAAGCGAGCAAAACGAGUCGAAGAAAGUUUAUUUUUCAUAAUAAAAUGCAAGUGUAAGAUC